AUGAGCGGGAGGAUUCUCUCCCACAGACUAGGCCCGAUGCUGCGCAACGGUCUCCUGGCGCGCCAGCUCCAUAAUGCUGGCUCGAGGACUGGGGGUCUGUUACGCGCAGAUGGUGGCGCCGCUCUUCGAGGACGCGCUUGGCCAACAGGUGCAAAUGCUAUUCACAACAAUGUCCCUACUGUCCGGUCGAUUUCAUUUCAUCGCAUGUUUCCGAAGCUGGCCCUGAAGAUGGCUCGGAUACCGGCCAUGUUUGGUGGGGCGACAAUCGCCGGUCUGGCAUACAUCCAAUAUCAAGCGACGCAGGCUGGAAACUAUGCGAUGGAUGUAUUGAAACAAGCCGGGGAGACUGCGGGGAGCACAGCUACGACGUUAUUCCAAGGACUACAGGAUGUGGCGGAACAGACACAACGCGGAUUCAACAAAACGAAAGACGAUAUCGAAAUUCCCGAAUGGAUGCAGAAGAUCCUUCGCCUGGAGGAAUACGAGUCUCAAGAUGGCGGUUCAUCUGGCGGAGGUGGAAAGGGGCCCAAAGAGGGUCAGACGGCGGCCGUAGGUGCUGCUGCAGCCACGGGUUCCGCGUUUGGAUACGAUCAAUCGGAUGAAGAUGACUCGCGCCCGGGGCGAGAGGUAGCCGAAGACGACCAGAUGAUGCUUCUCACCCGCAAGAUGAUUGAAAUUCGGAAUAUUCUCCAGUCCGUCGGCCAAACCGGCACAUUGACGCUUCCCUCCAUUGUCGUUAUUGGAUCACAAUCCUCGGGCAAGAGCUCAGUGCUCGAGGCAAUCGUCGGACACGAGUUCUUGCCCAAGGGUUCGAACAUGGUCACUCGACGGCCCAUUGAACUCACGCUUGUCAACACACCUAACGCUCACUCGGAAUACGGUGAAUUCCCGGCCCUGGGUCUCGGCAAGAUUACCGACUUCUCUCAAAUUCAGCACACUCUGACAGACCUGAACUUUGCUGUUCCUGAAAAGGACUGCGUAACUGACGACCCGAUCCAACUUACGAUCUAUUCCCCAAACGUCCCUGAUCUCUCCAUGAUUGAUCUGCCGGGCUAUAUCCAAGUUGCGGGCCAUGACCAGCCCCCAGAGCUGAAGCAAAAGAUCUCCGAUCUGUGUGAUAAAUACAUACAGGCGCCCAACGUCGUUCUGGCGAUCUCGGCCGCCGACGUCGACCUGGCCAAUUCGACGGCACUGCGAGCCAGUCGCCGAGUGGACCCUCGCGGUGAGCGGACUAUUGGGGUGAUCACGAAAAUGGACCUUGUGGACCCGGAGCGUGGCCACGAUAUUCUGUCCGACAAAAAGUAUCCUUUAAGACUGGGUUACGUGGGCGUCGUGAGCCGCAUCCCCCAGAAAACUGCGCUCUUUUCCAGGGGCAUCGGAAAUAUCACCAGCGCUAUCCUCAAGAACGAGAACGCUUAUUUCUCGGCACAUCCUUCUGAAUUUGGUACACAGUCGGAGGUCUCAGUCGGUGUUUCGACACUACGGAAGAAGCUGAUGCAUGUUCUCGAGCAAACCAUGGCAUCCAGCCUGACUGGAACUCGGGAUGCCAUUAGCCAAGAGCUCGAGGAAGCGACCUAUGAAUUCAAGGUGCAAUAUAACGACCGGCCAUUGAGUGCAGAGUCUUAUUUGGCUGAGAGUCUGGACAGCUUCAAGCAUUCUUUCAAGGCAUUCGCGGAACAAUUCGGCCGGCCGCAGGUACGAGAGAUGCUGAAAGCUGAGCUGGACCAGCGGGUCAUGGACAUCCUUGCGCAUCGCUAUUGGAACAGGCCUGUGGAGGACUUGAAUCCCCCGAUGCCUGAAUUAGACCCCCUCAAGGACCUUCCCAAGGCUGAUCCCGACUCCCUUUACUGGCACCGGAAACUUGAUGCCUCGACCUCCUCCCUGACGAAACUUGGAAUCGGCAGGUUGGCUACGACCGUGGUCGCCAAUUCCCUUCAAAACCAUGUGGAUUCGCUCCUGGCGUCCUCCACUUUCGCAUCGCAUCCCGGCGCACAUAAACAGAUCAUCGAUGCGUGCACCAGCAUUUUGAAUGAGCGGUUCUUCAGCACCAGCGACCAGGUCGAGAACUGCAUCAAGCCGUACAAGUUCGAGAUUGAAGUCGAAGACCCCGAGUGGGCAAAGGGCAGGGAGAACGUGGGCAAAGUACUGAAGAAAGAGCUCCGGGCGUGCGAGUCAGCCAUCAAGCUCGUCGAGGACCACGUUGGGAAACGCAAACUCAAGGACGUGAUGGCGUUUGUUGACAAAGUCCGAAACGGCGAUGUCGUGCUGGACGGCGACGGCGCCGGCGGUGCCGGUGGUUUCAGCUCAGCCCUACUGGAGCGAGGCCGAGAAGGUGUCUUCCUUCGCGACCGCGCAGAUCUAAUCAAGAUGCGUCUCCUCGCCGUCCGCUCCAAACAAUGCGCCACCCAAAAGAACAAGUACCACUGCCCAGAGGUCUUCCUCGACGUCGUCGCCGACAAACUCACCUCGACAGCCGUGCUGUUCCUGAACGUCGAGCUGCUCUCCGAGUUCUACUAUAAUUUCCCCCGCGAGCUGGACAUGCGCCUCGGUCGUCACCUCUCCGACGCCGAGAUCGAGCGUUUCGCCCGCGAGGAUCUUCGCAUCCGCCGCCACCUGGAUAUCAUCCGCAAGAAAGAGCUGCUGGAGCUGGCUCUGCAGAAGAUCGAGAGCAUCCGCCAGCUGGAUGGCCGUACUAUGCACCGCAAAUCGGAGCGGCCGCCCUCUGGCACGGAGGCGCGGAGUCGUUGGAAUUUAUUCUGA